GUGCUGUAUGACCAAUUGUGUGUCACAAUAACGUACAAGCCUAGUCUACACGAUACUGUGCAUAUGACCCAUGCGACAUGCGAAUCUACUUCAUAUUCAUUCAAGGUUACGGUCAUUGGAAUUUCGUGAAUUUAACAAGUCAUAAAAGAGAAUAACUGCAGUAGGAUGAUGAACAGUCAUUGAAAUUCAGGAGUUUAACUCAAGUAAUACAUGAACGUUAUACCGGUCAAUAACUAUCAAUGGACAAUGGUAUAUAAUAUUUCUGAACUUUCUGUCAACAUUUCUUCAAGUGGAGCAACCGAGGACCUCAGAAUUGUACAGCUUGUGUUUGCAUUGAUUCUGUCUGUUGUUGGCUUGACUGGUAACAGUUUCACCAUUUACCGCAUCAUCAGUGAGUCUCUGUACAGACAGGUGUGCAACAAGUACAUCCUAAACCUCAGCAUCAACAAUCUGAUCACAUGUGUCAUAGUAAUACCAAUUCUCGGCGUUAGCUUCUACAAGCAGAAAUGGAUAUUUGGAGAAGGACUCUGCUACUUUUACCCAUACCUGAUGCACACCACGUUGUGCUCAGAGACCAAUGCACUGCUUCUGAUCACGAUAAAUCGCUACUGCAUAGUCGUUCACCCACUAUUGUACAACAAACUUUACAAUAGGAAAUAUUUCAACGUAUUUCUUAUUGGUUCGUCAUGGCUGGUCUAUCUGGUGAUCCAGACUCUUCCACUAGCAAAGAUUUGGGGUAAAUUUGAAUACAACAAACACAAACAUUACUGCACAUAUGCUGACGAUUCGGAGACGAAAACAUUCAUUGCAUCCUUGUGUGCGCUGAUAUUACUAACAAACCUGCCAAUCCACGUGUUCUGUUAUGGAUCAAUUCUGUGGAAGUACAAAAGGUCCAAAAAGCGGAUGAGUAUUGUUCAGAGCAGCAAUCAACGAAGGGAGCGCAGAAAGGAUGCGAGAGAGCCGAUGAAUAUUGUUCAGAGCAGCAAUCCACCAAGGGAGUGCAGAAAGGAUGCGAGAGAGCCGAAAAUGAACAUGUCGUUAAUGAGGAUGAUAAUUGUCAUCAUUCUGUGCUUCACCCUCACCCACACCCCAUUUCUGGCCGUGAACGCAAUUGACCCCACGUUGACCCUGACAGGAAUAACAGUGUACAUGGUGAUGGCAUACAUCGCCCUGUGUCACACAGCCUUCAACCCCAUUGUGUAUGCGCUGAUGAAUAAACAGAUCUGCAACAACAUGUGCAGGCCAACACUCUGCUGUCAGUGAGGCAGUGACAUGUAAUCCCCUGGGAAAUUAUCUCCCUUUGAUUUUCAGUUCAAGAUAGCUCCUCUGUGAGUUAUUAUAUGUGUAGACCGGCCUCGGUGGUGCAGUGGUUAAGCCAUCAGACUACAGGCUGGUAGGUACAGGGUUUGCAGCCCAGUACCAACUCCAACCCAGAGUGAGUUCUUAAAGGGCUCAAUGGGUAGGUGUAA